AUGAUAUUUUUUUUAGAGGCAACAUUUAUUAAAUAUUAUACUAACUUGUUAUUUUUAAAGAAAGGACCUUGUGAAAUCAGGAAAUAAAUUAGAGAAUUAUCAAGAACAUUUCAUCCAAAUAAAAUGAAGGAAAUUAAAUUUUAUAUGUGA